CGCUUACUUCCUGACUCAAUGCUCUACUACCACAUUGAACGUCUUCUCUUCCGGCCUUUCAUAUACAUAAGAUUCGCGCGCGAGAAGCAGCAGCUUUCACGAGAACCGAGAUGAGCGGACAUGCACACAUUCUCAAUGCGGGUGUUAGUAAUGGUUAUCUCCACACACUGGACCCGUUUUUCAAUGUCGACAUACAUGGAUCUCCCGGAUAUAAGCGCAAUGUAUACCCGAAUUUCACUUGGGCCUGCGGCGAGAAUGUGCAUGUGAACUGGGAGGCUUCUUCCGUGGACAGCUCUGAUCGGCUCGCUAUUCAAUGCUCAACGGGACGUGCGAUACUUGUAUACAAUGACUGACGGCGAAGUGCUUCCGCAAGCUGAGGAUGCGCAACCUGCCAGACUGUCUUUGUCUGGAUCAAAUGCUGGUGAGAGGUGCAAGAAAACAUGGUAACCAGAUUGGCUGUGUUAUUCCUGCGCCGACUCGGAUAAAGUCACUUCAGACAAGGCAAUGGCAUCUGUUGCACUGCAGAACACGCGGUGAGGCUACUAUCUCCUUUCCUCAGUGCAUAUAUGAGCGCUGAUUCGUUAAGAGCCCGUACUUGCGGGUAUCGGAUCCGGGAAACUGGACUAUGACAUUUCCUCGCACAUAUGAAAAAUCAAGCAUAUAGCGCCAUACACACCUUGGUCAUAGCCUUUGUUCGACCAAGCGUCUAUUUGAAGGAAUGAUACCUUGGCUCGUGGCGCUUCAAAGCCUUGCCAACUAGUCAUUUGGUCCACUAUAUUAGUUAUGCCGAGCUCCUCAGCCCUUCAAUUCCCACUGAACGUGUUCUC